AUGAGAGAAGCAGCAGUUGGGUGUUUAAGAAAAAAGAAACGAGAUCAGUAUUUUGUUUACAUAAAGACAAAGUUGACAUGUGAAUUAAAGAUGAAAAUCUAUUUGAGAAUCAAAGCGAAUCUUCUCCGAUCCGUCAUCGCUGUUGACAAUGAUGUUGUAAAAAUAAGUUACGGGCGUCUCAAAUUACUGGAAAGAUUAUCUUUGAUCUCAUGA